GAGACUUGGCCUCCGUCGUUGAGCGGGAUUGGUUUGAAGGGUUUGGAGUGUUAUGGUUCAGAACUGCCUUUGAGGGAUUAUUGAAGCCUCCGUCCUCCCCGUGUUGCUUGAUGAUCAGAUAAAAUGGAUGAUCCUUUUGAAGACAACCUAACUACACGUUCCUUGCUAAAGGGGAUCCUGGCAAGUGAAGCUGCCCGAUCGGCUGUAAAGCACCACCCUGAGCCAAGGGUUUUAAGAUCUGGUAGGGGCCUGUCUCCUGGCGCUUCUCCAUACAGAAUUAAAAAUAAUGACCUUUCAACACCAUCAAUGAAUUUACGCAGCAAAAUGAAGGCACGAGUAAGAGAUUCUGUUGGCACCAUGGUUUCAUCAGGUUCAACUAGGAAAAGAAAUUCACAGAGCAGUGCAAAGAUCAAGCAAAAUAAUAAAAAAAGAAGACAUUCCAAUGUGGAAGACUUUGACAAUGUGACCCCAAGAACCCUCUUAAGAAAGAUCAUUCAGAAUGAGCCUGAAGUCUCCAUGAUUGUGUCACAGAGGACUGAUAAUAUAGUGUCUGAAAACAUGGAACAUGAUGCCCCUUCACAAACCUCUACUAGUAGUAUAAGCAAAAUAGACAUGAGUCUGCCGGAACCACAUGGCGAUGACUAUACAACGGUGUUUGGAAAUGCACGUAAGAAAAAACGGGUGAGCGUCACACAGUUUGAAAAAGCAGUUGAGGAAAGACUGCCCCCCUCUCAAGAAAAAAGCAAAGUGGAAGAAAGUAUUGGAGAUCUAUCUGCAUUGGUACAGCUGUCUGGGAUACCAAGGUCUCUUCGAACUAAUAAGGGUACUCCCAACACAACAGGACCCAUACAGAAAGGAGGUUUGGUACGUAGGCCGAAAAAAUUCCACUUGGUUUCCUUAGAAGACUUUGAGCAAGGAGUGGAAAACAACUACCAGCAAUUAAAAGGUUCCCAAGACUGCUUUGUAGAAUCAACAGAAGAAGAAUCGGAUACUUCUUCUAAUGACAUGGCUAGGAACAACACAGAAUUGUACGCACAUCCUGUUCAGAAUAACAAAAGCAUUAGCAGGUUGCACCCACUAGAAGAAGUUCCUAUGGAAAGUGAGGAUGGGGAGAAAGAAGAAGACAAUGCGGUUGGUGUAUCUAAGGUUGGUGUAUCACAACUACAAGUUUCAUUUGUUCCUGAACACAAAGAGCAUCAAAAAAUCGCCACAGAUCAUCGAGGCAUAACAAGAGAUGUUGAAUCGCAUACGAUAGGAGACCAGCUUUCCAGCCAUGAACUUCGAGAGACUUAUAGUAAUGUGGCUGAUAAUACCGCCCAACCGGCUUGUACAGCAAGCCCACCACAGAUGUCUAACAAUGAUCUUGGUGAAGGGGCAGACAUGAGUGACGCUCCAGAUUUACAAACACCAGUGCUUAAGAGAGGAAAUAGGUCUUCUUUAAAUGACAUCUUGAAAAGCCAACGGUCUUCAUCAACCUCAAAAGGACAGGGAGUUCAUUAUGAGCCUACAAAGAAUCUCUCUCUGGAAAAGCACCCUCUAACAAGUGUUGUGGACAGUGUUUCUUCCGAGCCUUUCACUCCCACCUCAACUCCCAAAGGUGAAAAGCCCCUCAGGUAUUCGGCAAAGUUACAGAAAGUGAAUGUUUUGACUGUAAAUGAAACCCUACACGAAGCCACCAACAACCUGGUAGCCCCGGAUCACAGUGAUGGCAAUGAGCUGAUUCAGCAGGAGCAAAGUGGAGAGCAAUCUUUUAAUGAUGCUUCUUCUGUGUCCCUAACUCCCAAGGGCAAGAGUCCCCUCCGUCAUUCAGCUAAAUUAACGAAACUGAAUGUUCAGCCUGGGAAAGACGCAGGAAGGGAAAACACAGAGGAGCUGGAAGACCCAGAUCACAGUGAUGGCGAAGAGCUGAUUUCACAGGACUCAAACGGAGAGGAGUCUUUAAAUGAUGAGAAGUCUGUGGCGUAUGACCCAAAGAAGUCAAACAAGCCAGCCAAGCUCUCUCCACUGCCGAACACACCAGAUUUCAUAAGGAAUGCUCGAAUGAAGGUCAUCAAAAAACCUCCAGCGGAUAAACCGAUACAAAAGAAGAAAACCACAAGAAACACAGCAAAAGAGCACGUAUUGCCUAACAGUUUUAUAAAGCAGAUGUUUAGCCAUUAUGCUAAAUUACGGGUAUCAAAGGAAUCCUAUAAGGAAGUGGCCAAGUGUAUGGAAAUCUACUUUGGACAGCUGAGUAAUGACCUGGCAGCAUAUACUGCUCAUGCCAACAGGAAGACCAUAACCCGCGCUGACAUUGAGCUCCUGAUGAGAAGACACGGCCUGGUAACAGACACGAUUCCUCUCAAUGUCCUCAUCGAGAAACAUUUACCGUUGGAAUAUAGAAAGCUCCUUAUUCCUUGUGCAACAAGUGGAAAUAAAGUGUUUCCUACUUUGUAAGGUC